AUGCACCCCGCAGCACUUGCUGCACGGCGGGUCGUGGUGAUCGGAGGGGUAGCUGGAGGCGCCAGCUGCGCGGCUCGCCUGCGUCGGCUAACAGAGACGGCGGAAAUCACGCUGUUUGAGCGCGGCGCCAACGUCUCGUUCGCAAAUUGCGGCCUGCCCUACUAUGUCGGAGGCGUUAUCACGGACGAGAGCAAGCUCCUGGUAGCCAACGCGGCCAAGUUCAAGAGCUGGUUUAACGUAGAUGUUCGCGAGAGGACCGAAGUGGUCGCCAUCGACCGCCAGGCCCGAACCAUCACGGCGCGCGAGCUGCCCACUGGCCGCGAGUACAGCGCCCCUUUUGACGCCCUGGUUCUGGCGCCUGGCGCGCAGGCCAUCCGGCCCCCCCUGCCCGGCAUCGACCUGCCCGGCAUCUUCCAGAUGAAGACGAUCCCCGACUCCAAUGCUGUGCGCUCGUUCAUUGAGGCCAACGGCGUGCGACGCGCCGUCGUGGUCGGGGCCGGCUUUAUUGGUCUGGAGAUGGUUGAGAAUCUGGUGCACAGGGGCGUUGAGGUGACCCUGCUCGAGGCGGGUUCGCAGGUGAUGCCGCCCCUGGACCCCGAGAUGGCACAGGCCGUGUCGGCCGUGCUGGCCUCAAAGGGCGUCAAGGUGGUGCUGGGCGAUGGCGUUGCAGGCUUUGAGCAGGGCCCAGGCGGCAAGGGGAUGAUGGUAAGAACUUCUGGUGGUAAGACGUACGACGCCGAUAUGGCUAUGCUGGUCAUAGGAGUGCGGCCUGACACAGCCCUAGCAAAGACUGCAGGCCUGGAGCUGGGGGCGCGGGGCGGCAUCAGGGUGGAUGAGCACAUGAGGACCUCAGACCCAGUCAUAUAUGCAGUGGGGGACGCGGUGGAAUCGAAGGACUGGGUGACGGGCGAGUGGGGGCUGUGCCCGUUGGCCGGCCCGGCUAACCGUCAGGGCCGCAUCGCGGCUGACAACAUUGCCGGCCGCGACUCCAAGUUCCGCGGCACCCAGGGCACCGCAGUGGUCGGGCUCUUUGGCCUCACCAUCGCUAGCACGGGCGCCAACGAGAAGACCCUGAAGCGCCUGGGCCGGCCCUACGUCAAGGUCUACACCCAUGCCAACAAUCACGCCGGCUACUACCCUGGGGCCUCCACCAUUGACUUCAAGCUGCUGUUUGACCCCAAGGACGGGUUGAUCCUGGGCUGCCAGGCCACUGGCACAGAGGGCGUGGACAAGCGCGUUGACGUGGUGGCGGCGCUGAUGCAGCUGAGGGGGUCAGUGUUUGACCUGGAGGAGGCGGAGCUGUGCUAUGCCCCCCAGUACGGCUCCGCCAAGGACGUCCUGAACCUGGCCGGCAUGGUGGCAGCCAACCACCUCAGGGGCGACCACCCCAUUGUUAGCUGGGACGAUCUGCCACGCGUAAAGGAGGAGGUGGCGGCCGGCACCGCUGUAUUGGUGGAUGUGCGCGAGCCCUCGGAGGUGGCACGCGGCACUGUGGAGGGCGCCCUCAACUACCCCCUCAGCAGCCUCAGGGCGAGGCUCCACGAGCUGCCAAAGGGCAAGCGCUGCUAUGUGUUCUGCCAGGUCGGCCUGCGCGGCUACAACGCCACGCGGCAACUCCUGCUGGCCGGCCGCGACGCCGUAAACAUCAGUGGCGGGUGGCGCUCGGCGCUGCAGGCUGGCGUUGUCAGCAGCACGCUGUGA